UUGUUAAACACAAAAAUGUUAAAAUUAUUUGCUAUUGUUGUACUUUUGGUACAAUUAUUAAAUGAAGUACAAUCAGACGUUGACUUUACAAACAAUGUGCCAAAUGUGCCAUUGUUUUUUCAUAAAUCGAAUGAAUUAUGUGCUAACGUAAAUUGCACGGAAGUAAAAAAUUGUCCACCAGGUGAACAUUAUUCAUGGUCGCGACCAGAUGAAGGAAAAUGUUGUCAAACAUGCGAACGAGACGCAAAAAUUGAUGAAAAAUGCGACAUGGACACACUUUGUGGAAGAAAUUUACUCUGUCCAUACCCACCCGAAGGAAAAUAUUCACUAGAAGAUGUUUGUGUUUACCCUUGGGAAAAUAUGAAGUACUCUCCGAAAUGUGAUACAUCAAGAUGUCCCACUUACAAAUCAUGCCCAAAAGACUCUUUCUUAGUCCAACAUGAUGGCGAAAAAACAUGCUGUGAUCAAUGUAUUCAAUACUCUAUAUUCGGGGACUUCUGUGAUGAAAAAUUACCAUGUGUUGAUGGGUUGAAAUGUACAGAUAAUAUUUGCAAAGAAUCGGAAAAAUGUUUGGAAGAGAAACCAAAUUGUAAGGUCAUAAACGAUUGUGGUUCAAAAGGUUUUCUAAAACCAGCAGAUGGAUUGGACCGUUGUUGUGAUGAGUGUCUACCGUUUGCUAAAACUGGUGAUGAAUGUGACUAUAAGGAUGCUAUAUGUGAAGUAAAUUCCUAUUGUGAGUACUCUACUGGAAAAUGUGUUGAAUCGAAAUUCGAUUGUUCAAAAUUCCCUUGCGGUGGAACAGAAAACGAAUCCGAUUGUAAAGGCGUUUGGGUCCCAGCGGAUGGUAUUAAUAUAUGCUGUCCAUAUUGCAUUCCUUAUGCCAAUUAUGGAUCAUAUUGUGACGAAAAAAAUCUUUGUAAUCCAGAAGUGUUUGUUUGUAGAAACUACACUUGCGAUGUAAAAGAAUGUAAUUGUAUCUAAAUUUUGUAAUCUUUGUUUUAAUAAAAAUUAUAUAUUUUUAUAUAAA